AGCUGGGUUCCUGGCAACGUUCUGGCUCUUUCGGGAAACCAAAGACACCACACUGCACGCGCACCCCGCCUCAUCUUUUCCUGUCUGACUACGACUCCUGUAACCCAGCGGCGGGGCGGAGGCAGCGAACCUAGCGGCCCGCGCGGCUCCGGCAGCGAAGCGAGCGGCCUAGUGAGGGCCCGAGGCGUGCGCGGCGCGGGUUCUAACUCUGGCGGCCGCGCUCAAGGCCGCGACGUCGACGGUGGCGAUGCUGUGGCAGCGGUUGGCUGUGGUUGAGUGGGCGGCGUUAGCCUGGGAGCUCCUCGGCGCCUCGGUGCUGCUCAUCGCCGUGCGCUGGCUGGUCCGGCGGCUAGAGAAGCGGCCGCAGGACCUGAGUCGUAGCGGGACACCCUCCUCGCCGACCGGCGCGUCUGCAGCUGUGGCCCCUCAGCCAGGUGAAGUGACAAUGGAUGCCAUGUUGGCACGAUUGAAACUCCUGAAUCCAGAUGACCUUAGAAAGGAAGUUAUAAAAGCUGGAUUGAAAUGUGGACCCAUUACAUCAACAACAAGAUUUAUUUUUGAGAAGAAAUUAGCUCAGGCUUUACUAGAGCAAGGUGGAUUGCUGACUUCCUCUCUUCCCAAUCACGGUGAGGGGACUGCCACUCCGUAUAUCCAGGGCACCCUAAGGACUCCUGCAUCUGUGCAAGAGGAACAAACUCAGCACGCCAGUUUUUCUGAAGACAAAGAUUUUGGUUACAGUGUGGGCUUGAACCCUCCAGAGGAUGAAGCUGUAACAUCUAAGUCCCACCCAAUAUCCUUCAGUGCUUCUGCCAGGAAUGACAACCACCAGGCUGAAAUGACAGCUGCUAAGGAGCCACUUCUGUACUAUGGAGUGUGUCCAGUAUAUGAGGAUGGCCUUAUGAGAAAUGAAAGGAUCCAUGUUUACGAAGAUAAAAAGGAAGCAUUGCAAGCUGUCAAAUUGAUCAAAGGGUCCCGAUUUAAAGCUUUUCCAACAAGAGAAGAUGCUGAGAAAUUUGCUAGAGGAGUAUGUGAUUAUUUCCCUUCUCCUAACAAAACUGUGUCCUCACUGUCUCCUGUGAAGGCAGUGCCGCUCCAUGGCAGUGAUGGGUUAAAAGCAGAUUACUCAUGCCUGGCUGAAUCAGAAACAGUAAAUAAAGAACGAGCAAACAGUUAUAAAAGUCCCCGUACACAGGACCUCACUGCUAAGCUUCGGAAAGCUGUUGAGAAAGGGGAUGAGGAUACCUUUUCUGAUCUUAUCUGGAAUAAUCCCCGAUAUCUAAUUGGUUCUGGGGACAACCCAACCAUUGUACAAGAGGGAUGUCGUUACAAUAUCAUGCACGUUGCUGCCAAAGAGAAUCAGGCUUCUCUGUGCCAGAUGACACUAGAGACUCUGGAGAACCCUGAGUUUAUGCGUCUAAUGUACCCAGAUGAUGACAUGGACAUGCUGCAGGAGCGCAUCCUCUACAUUGUCGACCUUUAUCUUAAUACCCCUGACAAAGUGGGCUUUGAUACACCAUUGCAUUUUGCUUGUAAAUUUGGGAAUGUGGAUGUAGUCAAUGUGCUUUCUUCACACCCUUUGAUUGUGAAAAAUCCAAAGAAUAAAUACGGUAAAACACCCAAAGACGUAAUUUGUGAAAGAAGCAAAAACAAAUCUGUAGAGCUGAAAGAAAGGAUUAGAGAAUAUUUAAUGGGUCACUACUAUGUGCCACUUCUGAGAGCAGAAGACACUUCUCCUGUCAUUGGUGAGCUGUGGUGCUCAGACCAGAAAGCUGAAACUGCUAAUGCUGAGCACUAUAGAAGUAGCCCCAGAGAUCCUGUGAUGACACUGAGAGCUUUCGUGGGGCCUCUGAGUCCAUCCAAGGCAGAAGAUUUUCGAAAGCUCUGGAAAACUCCACCUCGAAAGAAAGCAGGCGUCUUCCACAACAUCAGAAAGUCUGACCCAGAACGAGGCAUUGAGAGAGUGGGAAGGGAGCUAGCUCAUGAGCUGGGGUAUCCCUGGGUUGAAUACUGGGAAUUUUUGGGAUGUUUUGUUGAUCUGUCUUCCCAGGAAGGCUUGCAAAGACUAGAAGAAUACCUUACCCGGCAGGAAAUAAGCAAAAAGGCUCAACGAGAAAUAGAAAAUAAAAGCUGCCUUCAGGACAGAGCCUCAGUUUUUGGCAGUGGAAAGAAGUACAGCAAUUCCAUCUCUGUGGGAGCAUUUCUGGAUGGAGAGGAUGAUACUAGCUUGGAUGAAAUUAAAAAUCAUCAAGAUACAGCUCAAAGUCAGAGUCAGCCCACAACCAAUAAAUUCCAAAACUCUGAAUGUGGUUCCCUUCCCUUGGGACAGGUGGACCCUGGAGAAUCCUCAGUUGGAUCUUGCCUCCUUAACAGCAGAAAUGGGCUUUGUCAUCCUCUGAAUCACAGGACUGCAGAUAGAAAGGGACUAGAGGCCACCAGUGGGGAAGAAUCCCUUUUACUACCUGUUUCUGCUUUGACUCUAGAGUUUGAUAAACUGAAUUUGCAGAGUCUAGGAGAUAGCCUUCUUGAUACACCAAAUAAAAAUAAGAUUCUGACUUCAAGAAAGGAUGCCGCAGAGAGUGACUCACUGGUACCUCCUCCUGCAAUAGUGAGACUUGAAAAUAACCAAAUCAGGACCAACAGUGAAGUGUCAGAGGCAAUGGCUGAAAUGUCUUUGGAUCCCAACAGCCCCCAGGUUAGGGUUCAGGAUGGUCUGGAACCUGUGUUCUCAUCUGCUAUGGGAGAUUCCACCUGGAGGCUCUUCCUUUCUGGAGAAGAGCCAUCAAAACUAGAUCGGGAUGUUUUAGCAGCUCUUGAGCGUGCCUAUAUUGACCCGAGUCUGUACCCAGCUGUCCACAGAUGGAAAAGCACUGUCCUGUGCUAUUCACCCUCAGAGAGACAAAGUUGGCCAAGUCCUGCACUGAAAGGGAAGAUCACAACUGAGCUGCUGGAUCUUGGUUGCUCUCGUAGCUGCGGUUCAGGGCGAAGCAGUCCAGCUGGUAGCAGCUCCAGCAAGCCUGGUCACACCACCUCCUCCCCUGGCCUUCACAGCCCUGGGCGUUACAGUCCAGCACAUGGGAGUCACUUCCAAAGGAUGGCACACAUGGCCCGACUUGCAGCUCUGUAGAGCCAGCCAAUAUGCUCACUCCUGGGGCUCAUUUACUUGUUUUUAAAAAAAGGGGUAAUGUGUUUAUUGGUAAAAAUUCCAUAACAAAAAAAUUGUAUUCUGAGUAACUUUUUAAUCCUCUCUUUGAAGAUACCAGAAUGUUAGAAUAUACAAUGUUACGAGUAAAAUUUAAAUUUCUGCUAUUUUGAAAGAAGUUAAUGAAAGCAAACUCAGAUCCAAGUUGUUUGAAGGUGUGGCUAUAGUAACGAUGCAGACUUUUCAGGAGGAAACUUCUGGUUUUGGAAUAGAUCAAAGAUACAAAAGCAGCUAGCUGAUAGGCAAGUGAGGUGCUGCUCUAAUUGGGGCUGGCUACCUACAGUGUCAGCAGCAGGUCUGCAGUACCUGUAUGCACACCCAGUUUCUCAGAAAGAUUGUGUGUUGUCUCAUUCUUAGGGUGGUAUCAGCUUUCUGAUUUGCAAUGGCAAAAACGUGCUUGUCACUUAAUCCUAGUUGUUCCAACUAUGAGAAAGCAGGUAACAGGGAAACAAAGGGUUCUUGACUAUCUCAGACUUCAGUAGCAGUGCUCAAAACAUGGCUAGAUUAAAAACUUUUCUUGUGGGGGUGAAAAAGUUAAAGCCAUUGGGAGUGUUGUCAGUAAUCAUAGAAAACUUACCAGCAAUAACUGAAAAAGCAAUUCUUAUUUCUCAGAAGAACUUCAGUAUGCUUUUACUUAGUUGUCAGUGUAAUGAUAAUUAGGUAAUGUGGAAGUUUCCUAGUCUUAAUAUUUUUCCUGAGACUUAAUUGAGCAUGAGUAUACAACAAGUAAAUCUCAUACUUUAGAAUUCAUUUAAAGAGCAUUACACUACAGUUUAAAGCUUGACAUUUUUUAACUGUAAACUCUGUUCAGUUGCUUAUGUUUACUUUCCUUGUCACUAGCCACAAGAGUGUAAAACCACCUUGCUGAAGUUAGUUCCUGGCUCUUUGGCACACUGGCCUGCACACAGGCAGUAGUGUUCUGUAGACACUUGCUGUGUGUAAUCCCAAUCAAAAACUAUACCACUGGUUUUGCCAACUUCAGUGCCUUUUAUGAGUCAUUCUUAAUUUUCCUGAAUUUAGAUUUUGGGAUUGUACAAUGCAACUAAAUGGGUAUUAAGAUUCUUUUUUGUUCAUAAAAGUUCUGGCUGGACUUGGUGGUACACACCUUUAAUCCCAGCACUCAGGAGGCAGAAGCAGGUAGGUCUUUGUGAGUUUUGAGGACAGCCAGGACUACAGAUAGAGACCUUACCUCAAAAAAAA